CACACCUGUGCUCUCCUCUUUGGUGUCUCUCCAUCACGUAAAUGCUCCUAAAGCGAGGCUCGACUCGACACAACUCGACUCAACUCGACUCAACUCGACUCGGCACUUCCUGCCAUCCACUCACCACUCACGACUCGCACAGCACGCGCGCGCACACACAUACACACGAGUCUGCUCAGACCCUCCAUCGUCCCUCUCCACUCACCGUGCAGCCUCGCCCCGCCCUGCCCCCUCACACCCGCAUCCCAUCGCAUCGCAUCAUGCCAGCAUCAUUCAAGCCCGGUCGAUAUGUGGCCAUCAAAAAGUAUCGAUCGCCGCACGCGAAUGAUCUGUCCUUCUCCAAGGGUGACAUCAUUCAAGUGACUGGCUUGGCACCCAAGAACGAUGAGGAGGAUAAAGAUGAGGAGGAGGAGGAGGAGGAGGAGGAUGAUGAUGAUGAUGAUGAUGAUGUCUGGUUGGUCGGUCAAUCGGAGGAUGGGAGCAAGAGCGGUACUUUCCCAGCUAGGAAUGUCGUGCCAGCGCCUCCAGCAGCAGUGACAGGCGAGGAUGAGGCAGAGGCAGCACAUGCACCGCGAGCGCCCAAUUCAGCAGCUGCGGAUUUUCAUGCGACCGAGAAGGAGGCGCAGACCAUCCCUCAGCCCGACCUUCCCGCCCAUCACCCAGACAAGAGCACAGCAGAGCAAUCUGCAGCUGCACCGACCGCUGGCCCAGCUGCCUCAGAUGCAGCAAAGCCUGCAGAUGCUGCCUCUUCCCUCAGUCCCUCAUCAGAUUCCAAAGCACCAGCAGCAAUACCAUCAUCAUCGUCAUCGUCAUCGUCAUCAGCAGCAGCAGCUGCCCCCAUCGCCUCUCCAUCUCUCAAGAGUCCCUCGGCGCCCGAGCCUAGCAAGUCUCCCCCACCUCCUGCUCCCAAGCCCGGCGGAUUAGCAGCUCGAAUCGCGGCCUUCAAUAAGCCUGCAGAGAACAAUGCGCCUCCUCUACCUAGACCUGCUGGGAAACCUGGUGGAUGGAAGAGACCUCCAGCUGCUCCCGGUGCUCCCAAACCCUUGCUUCCUGGACAGAGUCAACUAGGGCCGUCGUCCAAAGAAGGGGCCGCAAAGAGUCUUGCCUCACCAGCCGCAACCGCUGGCGUCGCUGCUUCCACUUCUCCCACCCAUUCUCCCACUCCGACCAAUGCCGCCAGUCAGGAAGAGACGAGUCGUUCGGGCGAACACUCGCAAUUCUCGGCUGCGGAUGCUCAAGCUAGCAUCAAGAUGACGCUCAAGGAACGCAUGGCCGCUUUGCAGCGCGGAGGAGGAGCGGGAGCGGGAGAAGAUGAUUCGAAUGCGAAUCGAGGUGCUCCGCCUCCACCAGCCAAUAAACCGGGUCGGCUUGCUGCGGAUAGGAGGAACAUUGCUAUGCAAGGGAUGGGCCUCGCACCGCCCGAACCAGCGCGGGAGAGAAAGGAGAGCGUGGAUACGAUAGGGAGCGCUGGGAGCGCUGUUCUUUCUGAAGGAGUCGAAGAGGGAGAAGCGAUGACUGCACCGCCUCAACCUGACGAGGAUGGAACAAAAAAGGAAAUAGGGGGGACGGACGCGACGCUUGGAGAUGCCGAGGGUGACGCUGAUGAUGACGCUUUGGCGGAAGAGGAAAAGACAGAAGAAGAGCAGGAAGCGCAAAGGAGAGCUGCAAUCGCUGCGAGGUUGGCCAAGCUAGGUGGUAGGCGCAUGGGAGGUGGACCGGCAGCGGGAGGAGGAGGAGGCGGCGGCAUGUUUGGCGGGCCUCCCAUGCCGCCUUCUGCCCCCAAACCUCGGGCACCUUCGAGAAGCGCGACGCUCGAUACGCAAGAGGAGGCUCGGUUUGAUCAGGUCGAUGACGCGAUCGUAAGCCCUAGUGCAGGUGUGAAGGUGGCUUCGCAUACGGAGGAAGCGAUCACUGCCGACGAUACAACAGUCAGGCCCGACGACGAUAAGGAAGACCUUGCUCCUCCAAAGACUUUGGCCGUGCCCAGAAGAGCUGCCCCGCCAAGACGAAAGAGAUCUGCCGUCAAGGAGGCCAAGGCUGGUUCGGCCGAUGCUACUGUCGAGCCCGCGUCUGAUGCGUCACCUGUCGACGCCGACACCGACGCUGAAGCGGCUACUUCUACGGCGCCGUCUUCAGAUCUCGCCGCCGAGAAUGUGGAUGCUCUCGCUGCAUUAGAUACGAGCGUGUCGGGUGCGGACAAGGCAGCAGAAGGAGCAGACGCGUACAGCGCCUCGCCGCUUUCCGGCACGGCACCGAGUGGGGCUGAUCUGCUGGGCGUACCUCGUUCCGAAGCUGAUGAGCGCAGACGCGGAUCGGCAGAUACGAUCGGUACGACGAAGAGCGAGAUGGAGCUGAGAGCUCAAGCAGAGGCGCUGGAUAGGUUCGUGGCUGAGCGAAGAGAGACGGACGAUACGGUCCAGGCUCUAGAGGAAGUGAAGCGCGCUGAAGAUGUGGGCGAGCAUGUGGAAGAGGCAAGAGGUGAAGAAGCAAACGGGAGCAGACAUCAAGAGCAAAAUGAUCAGGAGGCUUUGGAAGCGGCCGUUCCCACCGAGACGGGAUCCCAACCCUUGCCUGCUCCAUCAUCGUCCAGUCGACCACCCAGUACGCGUCCGCCAAUCCCCCGGUCGUCCUUACCUCCGCCACCUCGAAGCGCUGCGCCGCCCAACGAGGAUGUAGAGGAGCCGAUAACGCAGGCGCGCUCACCUCCACCUACCCGCGCUCCUCCCACGCGUCAAGAUUCCAUCUCCUCGCGCGCGGACAAGGAAGACAAACGAGCGUCCAUCGUGCCUCCUAUACCCAGGAGCCCUCCUCCUGCUGCCCCGAGCGACGGCGACAGUUUGGAACAGCUAGAGGGACACGAACGACGCAUGUCGCUCGACGCUACGGUUGCUAGCUUGUCUUCCGACAAGACACCUUCUCAGACCUUGCCCCUCGCUGCGCCCAAGGCUAGACAUGGCAUUGUGCAAGAAGAGUCGGACGAAGAAGAGGAACGGAAAGGCGAUGAGGGGAAUGACGAACCGCAGACUGGGCUUGGCGAGACGCGCAGCGAAGAGCAGGAAGCUGCGGAUGAGCCUAAAGAGGAGCAGCAGGAACUCUCGGAAGAACAGCAGGAAGCGCAGAGGAGAGCAGCGAUUGCUAGACGUAUGGCUGCGCUUGGAGGACAGAGAAUGGGCGGAAUGCCACCCAUCAUGGGCGCUCCUAUGCCACCUCGUAGAAAGGCUAGCGAGGCAGAGGUAACACCUGCGCCACCCGAAGAGGUCAGCGAAGCAGAGCGAGCAGAAGACAUCGAUGCUCCUCGCUCGAGCGGCAUUCCUAGAGGUGGUGUGGCUAUACCAGGCAUGGGUUUCGCUCCACCGCCCACCUCUUCCAAGACGAUCGAGCAAGACGUGGAUGAACCUUCUCGAUUGGCCAGUCCUCCUCCUCGACCCGCCUCCAAGCCGCCUCCCGUGCCUACAUCUCCCCCACUCAAUCCGCGCUCUCCAGCUCCUCCCUCACGCACUGCCCCUAGUCCUGCUCCGCCUAGUCGGACCGCACCAUCGCCAGCUCCUGAUGGCGCUUCUAUCGGCAGGAGAGCGUCCAUCAGACCACCUGUCCCUACGGGUCUGCAUUCGCGCGCAACCUCUGAAGCGACGCCGGAAGCAGAGGAAGAGAUGGAGGAGAGGGAAGCGCAAGACGCAGAUGUGCCGGAGGUCGAUCAUGCAGGAGUGCCUCUGCGCUCUUCGCCGCAGGCGCAAGAUCUGGAUGCUCGAUCUCCGUCCGUGGGCGCGUCCAUCUCUGGAUCUGCCGCUAGUGCUGGUCUUCCUCCUCCUCCUCGUUCUUCCCUCCCACCAACACCGCACGAGCCGCGCCAGUCCGUGUCUUUAUCCCGACCUGCUCAAGCUCCUCAGCAUGAUCGUCUUUCGAGCAGCGUGGUGCGAGGAUCUUCGAGGGAUCUGGACCUGCUCCUCGAUGGCAGAUGGUGGAGACGAGGCGCGGAUCCGCUUCAGCUUCCGCCCACGCUCACUCAAAGACCGGAUGUGGCUCUGAGCGUGCAGAUGCUGCAGACGGAGCAGGCAGGCGAGCACAGGGCUCAGAUAGAAGUCAGAUUCGAGGAUGCGAGUCGGACGAUGAUACGGUUGGAAUGGUUCGAUGAGGAUGCGCAAGAGGAAAGGACGCAAGUGGAUCAGUCUCACGACUUUCCCCCUCCGCCCCCCACCUCGGCACAAAUGCAGCAGUGGAGCGCGACGAUUGGUGCGGCUUUGGCUCAUCACGCAUCAGCAGCAGCCAACGCCAAGGCGGCUCCCAUUGCACGCGCAGGCGCACGAGGCUUCAUCAAUUCCCUGAUCCAGCUCAUUCCGGAUGCUCUUCCACCCGCCGGCUCCUCGUUUGGUAUCUCGCUGCUGGCGCUCGCGGGCGCGACGGUGCUUGAUCGAGGUGCGGACGCACCGCGAGCAGGAGAUGUGAUUGCGUUGUGGGGAGCGGAUCUGAAGGGUAAGCGCGGAUUGGCCUCUUACCACGUCACGUACGGCACGACGCAAGAUCCUGCUCUGGCAGUCAUUGUCGAUCCUGGCAGUGCCGACGACAAGAAGAACAAGAUCAGAGCCGUGAUUCAAAUCUCUGCGACGACGACGACGACGAAUGCCUCGGCUAAAGAUAAGCUCAAAGGUCCGGAAGAGGUCAGCAUUCGAUUGGACGAUCUCAAAAGCGGUGUGCUCAAGAUCUUUAGGGUACCUUCGAGAGCGUGGAUCGACAGCGCAUGAGAUUUCAUCGACAACGCAUCGCCCUCUUUUCCUAAUCCCCUUUCCCCUUUCUCUUACACGGACUGUCAAAACCACUGUUGAGACCUCAGUAGCAAUGCAAUCUGCGAUCUCCCCACUCCGCUUGCACCACGUGCCGAUCGUGACCCCUCGAGGAGUUCGAACACGAUUCAAAUUCCAACCU